UUCCUGGCUCAACCAUGGCUUCUUCGUACGCCGCGGCUCUCACAUACUUCAAAGAAGGAACCGAGGUGGAGAUCACCAGCGCCAACCACUGCGACCGCGGAGCUCUAUUUCCGGCGAUAAUCAUCGGCCCGAAGCCUCAGACAAAGUAAUUCGUAGUGGAGUACAAAACCCUAAAGGACAUGCGCGAUUGGCUGGUGCCCUUGAAGGAGGCCGUCAGUUGGGCGCUGGUAAGGCCCCGGCAGCUGGAAGAGACCGAUCAUGGUUUCGAAUUCGGCGAAGCCGUGGAUGUGUUCUUGGACGGUGGGUGGUGGGAAGGAGCGAUUACUGAGGUGCUGGAGAAUUCCAUGUAUAUGGUGUUUUUCAGGUUUUCGAGACAACAAGAACGAACUCGCAAGUCCAGGAUGAGGGUUCAUCGUGAGUGGUUUAAUGGCAUUUGGAAGCCGCCUCUUGAAGAAGAAGUUUCUUCGAGCAAAAUAGAUCCAAGUCCAACAGAGGAGUUUGGUAAGGGGAUGCAUGUGGAGAUUAGAAUUAAUGAGGAUGGAUUUCAGGGCUCUUGGUUUGCAGCAACUAUUGUCAAAGCAACAAGAGAUGACAAGUUUCUAGUUGAGUAUCAAAGCUUGAGAACGGAGAAUGAUUCAGGAUUCUUGAAAGAAGAAGUUGAUACGCAAUACAUGAGGCCUAUGCCUCCUGCACUUACAGUUGUUGAUGGUUUUACUCAGAACGAAGAAGUUGAUGCUUUAUAUAAUGAUGGGUGGUGGGAGGGGGUGAUUACCAAAAUUCUUCAUGGAUCAAGGUGUAGAGUUUAUUUCAAGCUCACAGAUGAUGAAAUGGUGUUUCAUCAGUCUAAGUUAAGACCUCAUCAGAAUUGGAUUGAUGGAGAAUGGAUUAUCCCAUCUCGGGUAUGACUUUAUGAUGCAUUUUUACAGCUGAAGAUGGUACUGAAAUUAUUUUUACAUGCUCUCUUGUUCACAAGUUCAAGUUAAAUAAUUUUUGGUUCCAUCUCCUUGACGAUGGAACAUCGACUCUAGUGUUCAAUAUAUAGAAGCAACUUGAAUGUGCAAUAUUGUACUUCUUCCUUGUCAUUAUUUCCCUUAUUUGCAAAUGUAAAUGAUAUGCCUGUUUCAAUGUAGCAUAUAAUCUCUGCAAUUUUUGUUCGUUCAUUUUAAGACCAACUUGAUUAUCUAGAAGAAUUGUACUCAGAAAGAAAAUUGUCAUUAUAAU